CCUCUGAAAGUUGCACAUGGAUUCAUUUGUGCAGAGGUUCUUUAGUCUCCUCGGGCAGUGGAUGGGAAAGGGAUGAAAUCACAGAGCUCCAAUCCCAUGCGCUUUGAGCACUUUCAAUACCAUUAUUAUAAUUCAUCUCAAGAUCAGACCACGAUUAAACGACACGUAUACAUUUUUGUCUAUUUUAAGAUGCAAAUAAAUUAGCUUGUUUUGCACCAUUUUUUCCACUCUGGCUGUACAUUGAGGAGCUUUUGGACUUUUACCUUUUUUUUUUUUUGUAGGGGGGUGGGAAUUGGAAAAUGAAUGUCAAUGCCUCAAGCUGCUGACUGCCUUGACCCGUGCACUUGUUUUGCGGAAAGGAGCGGAGGAGGCUGCGACAUCACCACCACAAACACGUGUGUCAAACCGAGCCGAAGUGAGGAACCAUGAAAGAAAGCUAUGGAGGGUACGAGAACCAGCUUUUCAAAGAGGAGGAGUUCAAUGGCGAGGAGGAGGAAACGCCUCCGUUUAGAGGUCGCACCCGAGGAGGUUGUGUGAGGUGCCAGCUGAGCCAUUCCCUCCAACUGGCUGUCAAAGUCCUGUACGCCUUAGUUGCAUUCCUGAUCAUCACUGUUGUCGUGCUGGCCUCGCUAGUGUUUCGGAAGGUUAACUAUCUAUCUGAGGAAGAGUUAGUCUAUGACAAGAAGAUCACCAGGGCACAGAAAGUCAUAGACGAAAUCAGCAACUGCUCCGGCUGUCUGGAUGUGACCUUGUACAGUGAGGAGAUCAGUCGACUCAAACAGGAGUUUGAGGACAUCCAGAAAAUGUUACUGGGACAAGAGCAGGUCCUGGACCAAGCCUCUCAGACCCAGACCAAGCUAACAGCCACCAGCAGACAGCUUAGCACAGAUAUGCAGAACCAUGUCAUGUCAAUCAAAUUUCUCAACCAGCUGCUGGUGAGAUACCAAGACCAGGUGGAGGGUUGGAAGGACGUGCUCGAGGAAACGGAAGAGAGAAUGAAAACUCUGACGGAGGAUCAGUAUGACGUUAAAGCUGCUGCCCAGCAAAUCAACACGACAGUGGCCCUUAGCACUAUGUGGAUUGAUGCCCUGCAGAAAAAAUCAGAUGAGGAGAUUCUGGUCCUCCAGAAGUUGACCAACGACUGGCAGAACUACAGUCAUGUUUUAGGCAUGAUUAAAUCCAAUGCUAGUGGCAAUACCCAAAUGUUACGAUCCCUCCAAAACAGCAUCAUUGCCGACCACCAGAGAAUCUCCAUUUCUUCCGAGAUGUACUAUGAGCUCAGUCAGCAGGUGAUGAACCUGCAGGUCCAACUCGACAAUGUGACAUCUUUCAUGGAUGAACAUGAGGAGAACAUGCAUGACUUGCACUACCAUUCCAAAUACUAUGAAAACCGGACUGGGGAACGUUUCUCCGCCUUGGAUGGUCGGCUGAACUCUAUCGAGAUGGAGAUAGAGACGAUAUCAUCCAGCAUCAAUGCCACCGUCAGUCAUGUCCAGAGCAUGUAUAAAUACAUCAACAUUGAGAGCUCCACCUGCCAAAGCCGCCUGAGCAGACAAAUGGAAGAUCUGCAGAACAUAAACAGCAGCGUCUUGUUACUUCUUAACUCAGCGGACACACUGAAGCAGCAGAACAUGUUGUUAAAGGUCCGUUUGGAUGUAGAUGUCAGGAACCUGUCCAUAGUGAUGGAGGAGAUGAAGUUGGUUGACACUCACCAUACGCAACUGAUCAAGAACUUCACUAUAUUAAGAGGUGCUUCAGGACCCCCUGGGCCCAAAGGUAACCGUGGAGAGACUGGGUUAAAAGGACCUCUUGGACUGACUGGGGCCAAAGGUGAUACAGGCCCAGUAGGUGGCCGUGGAUCGCAAGGAGAAAAGGGCUAUCCUGGGCCCAGAGGUGUGCCUGGUCAAUCUGGCCCUAGUGGCAAUAAAGGACUGAAAGGUAAUGCAGGACCCAAAGGAGGCCCUGGUCAACAAGGACCACGUGGUGAGAAGGGCCAGAAAGGAGAUAUGGGUCCAAUUGGUAAAAAUGGGGUUUCAGGACCAAGAGGUCCUUCAGGGAUCCAGGGUCAGACAGGACUACCAGGUAUCAUUGGACCACCCGGAUCCAGGGGGAAACCAGGACCACCUGGGCCCCCUGGACCACCUGGAACCCCUGGACCUCCAGGAGCAGCACAACAAUAACAUAAUCCAUCCACCACACAAGAGAGAAGCCAACCUGCCGCCGGAGCCAAAAGACAGUAGCAGGCAGGAAUUGGACGCGGACUCAAUAGAGUUAAAUGGAGCACAAAUAAACAACUGAGGAAGAGUUUUGAAAACAAGCCUCCACCCCCAAUAUAAAAAACCUGCAGUCAUUAAAGCAGGACAUUUGAAGAUGAUGAAGAUUCCCAAAAAUGGUAGCGAGCACUUCCUACAGACAGAACAUCAUCUGACACCUUACAUUUUCGAGUAAUUACAGAUUGCCUUCAUUCACCUUGCCACUACAGAUAAUAACGGAUGUUAUUGUUUUUUUUCCAAGGGUAAAACACUACUACUAAGCGAUGACCAAACAUGGCUGUUAUUAAACUCGAAUGUACUGACUGAGGAUGAGGGUUGUUUGUGCCAUACGAAGGAGGGUUACUACUAACUUCAAACAAAGUAGUCUUGAUUGAUUAUCGACAUGUAGAGAUUUCUUUCUCUGAAGGACGGCACUUUAACGGUUCUAUCAUUGAAGAUGAGCAAUUCGUCAUUCUGUGGCUUUUCGGAGCAGGUACUCUGAAGAUGAGAUUUGCAUCUGCUGUGUUGAACAGGUGAUUGAAGAAUUUGAAAAUCGAGUUGUACAAUUCAUUUGAAGUCUCCAGUGGCCAUAAGCAGCUUACGACACCGGUACUGUAUGUACAAUGUUGAGCUUGGACAUUGUCAUUUUUGCUAAAACGUUGGUGGUGAAUGUAUUCUAUCACCGUGAAAAAGAUUUGAACGAUUGUAUUGUGUUGGUGUCCUAAAAAAGUGGAAUGUAGCCAGAAGGCAAUUCUCUUAGCAUAGGUUAUUACAUAAAAUGUAUUUAACAAAUUGUUGGUUGAAAGUAAGGGUAAAUGCCACAAUUACCUGCCAAACUAUCUGAGACCAAGACUUCCCUGUGACCAGAGCUCACCAAGAAAAGACAAUAACCUUUGGGAGUUGAGACCAAGUCAAGACCAAGAUCAAGGCAAGACCAAGACCGGAACAAGCCGAGACUGUGAAAAGACCAAAAGGAUAAAAAUCAAUUUUAAAAACCAUGACCAUGACUCUUUCCAGACAUAUUCAUUUAAAAAGAUGCUGUUACCUACAGUUAACAUUAGCUUACCUGUUUUGUUUAGUUUUAAGAUUCCCGCUGAUAUUUAACUUUGUACCCGCUGUUUCAGCAAGUUGAGGAAGGCAGAAUUUGCACACCACGGUGUUUUCCUUCGCAUGUUGUUUUAUAUAUAUGAAGUCUUUUUGGUAGAGGAAGCCAAAUUUAAUCAUCGUUGAUUUGGUGGACAUGUCUUGCUCUGGACUCUCCUCCCUCAGUUUUGUACUUAGCUUUACUCGCGCUUGCAUGCGCAUCGCCAAGUUUGAAGUCAUCAAGGGGGUGACGAGAGGUUAGCAAACAAACAAACUGAGCGUAUUUGUCAUUUUAUCAAGGUCCAUCUGGACCGGUCUUGAUGGAAAAUCCUGAGUUCGGCCAGUCUGAGACAAGACCAAGACGUUCAAAAUGUGGUCUCGGGACCAAGACUGGUCUCGAGCGCUACAUUAGUGUAGGGAACAGACAUGUCGUCUUUAUGUUGGUUUUUAUGCUAAGCUAAGGCUAAUCAGCUAACCUCGCACCACACACAGAAACUGACGAAGAAUACAUACCAUUGGUUAUGUUUGUCAAGUGAGAAUAAGGUCUGAGGUUUUUGUCAACUGACUAAAAAGUGCUUUGACUGGUGUAUUACCACAGUUUGUACUUCUGCUGUGAUAGUAGAGUCAUCACUUUUAUGCGUGGAAAUGUAUUUUAUAUCAAAGGAAUAAAAAUACAUUCAUACUAUUUUUUUCAUAUAAAAGGGAGUUUUGUCAUGAAAUGCAACCGGUUUGCAUUGAACAAUAAAAGUCGACGUUGAAGCGGUGGUCUUGCUUUUAU